UGUGUACACCAUUUACAAUUCGGUCCAAAUUUGCUCUUAUCAAUGUAAUGAUGAAAGGCUAUCAAAACCGACCUCUCUCCCACUCACCAAACUUUCUUCAAUAACUAAAAAGACCUUGACAAGGUUACUCGUAUUGAAUCAGUCAUGUCGAAUGCAUAUUUUAUUGGUGUUGAUGUGGGGACAGGUAGUGCACGAGCCGCCUUAGUCACUGAUAAUGGCAAAAUUGUUAAAACUGCGGUUCAAAAGACUCAAACGUGGAAUCCGCAACAGGAUUUUUAUGAGCAAUCGUCGGAAGAUAUCUGGAAUGCUUGUGUGACGUGCAUUAAGAAAGUGACCGAAGGGGUCAACCCGGACGAUGUCAAGGGCUUGGGAUUUGACGCGACUUGUUCGCUUGUAGCUUUAGACAAGUCGGGGAAUCCCCUAAGUGUGAGCCCUAGUGGCAAUGACCAACAAAACAUAAUUUUGUGGCUGGACCAUCGCGCUUCGGACGAAGCGGCCAACAUCAACAAACUCAAUCAUUCUGUUCUUAGGUACGUUGGAGGGAAAAUCUCGCUCGAAAUGGAAACUCCAAAACUACUUUGGCUUAAAAACAACCUUCAGAAACAGUGGAAUAAAGCCGGUCUUUUUUUCGACUUGCCUGAUUUUCUCACGUGGAAAGCAACAAAUUGCGAGUCUCGCUCUCUUUGUUCGUUAGUCUGUAAGUGGACUUAUGAGAUAACCGAGGAUGGCAAAGCUGGUUGGAACUCGAGCUAUUUUCAAGAAAUCGGUUUGGGGGAUUUACAGGAGGAUAACUGGCGCAAAAUCGGGGCUACAGUCCUAUCACCGGGAUCUCCAGUUGGUCAGGGCUUGUGCCAACGGGCGGCCAAAGAAUUAAGACUCAAAGUUGGUACUCCUGUUGGUACUUCAAUUAUUGACGCACAUGCCGGCGGUUUAGGGCUUGUGGGGUGCCGCGCUGGAGUGAAUCCCGAUUUCAGUACAAGACUAAGUUUGAUUUGUGGUACUUCAACUUGUCAUAUGGCUGUGUCCCACAAACCGGUCUUUACGCCAGGUGUUUGGGGGCCUUAUUUUAGCGCAAUGGUGCCAGGGAUGUGGUUAAAUGAAGGGGGACAAAGCGCUACGGGAAAAUUGCUAGACCAUGUGAUAGAUUCGCAUCCAGCCACUUCUACUAUUAAAGGGAAAAUCGGAGAAAUGCACAUCCAAAUCUACUUGAGCAAUCUUUUAAAGGAUUUGGCCAAAAAGGCAAAUUUAGAUAAUGUUGCGUUUUUGACGAAAGACCUUCAUGUCUGGCCUGAUUUUCACGGAAAUCGGUCACCGAUAGCGGAUCCAACGCUAAAGGGGGCUAUUUGUGGUCUUACUUUGGCAGAAGAUGAGGAAAAUUUAGCUCUAUUAUAUUUAGCCACUGUUCAAGCUUUAGCGUACGGCACUCGCCACAUCCUUGAAUCGUUAAUAAAAUCAGGUCAUUCCAUCAAAUCGAUUCUAAUUUGUGGCGGUUUAAGUAAAAAUCUUUUGUUUACUCAAACUCAGGCCGAUGUGGUCAACCUCCCAGUUGUAUGCCCAGAAGAAAUUGAGUCAGUUUUGUUAGGUUCAGCAAUAUUAGGCGCCUGUGCUGCUAAGUAUUUCCCCGAUAUGAGCACAGCUAUAAAAUCAAUGGGUGGUAACGGAAAAGUCGUAUCACCCAAUUCUUCAGUUACGGAUUACCAUAAUAAGAAAUAUAAAGUGUUUCUAGCCAUGUACGAACAUCAGGUGCAAUAUAAAACAAUCAUGAAUAAAUAAGUGUUGAAAACGAAGCUUUAUUAAUGUAUGUACUUAUUUGUUAGUUUUGACCUGUUUUGAGAAAAUAAAACUAAUGUAGGAACUCUAGGGGUCGGUUUAAAGAAGGCGAAUUAAAAAUUAAUCUAAGUA